AUGUGGGCCCGGAGCGCACGCGGGAGCCGGGCGGCGAGGCUCGUGCUGCGGGGGUCGCUCCAGAGACAGCCCUGGAGAGAAGCGUCCUCUGCGGCCGAGGUGGCCCUGAAGAAGACCCCUCUGUUUGAGUUCCAUCGGGCCAGUGGGGGUAAGAUGGUGGAGUUUGCAGGGUGGAGCAUGCCGGUGCAGUACACAGACAGUCACAUCAACUCACACAUGCACACGCGACAGCACUGCUCCAUCUUUGACGUCAGCCACAUGCUCCAGACCAAAGUCCACGGCAAGGACCGGGUGAAGUUCAUGGAGUCUCUGGUCGUUGCAGAUGUUGAGGAGCUCAAAGAUAACCAGGGAACGCUGUCUCUCUUCACCAACGAUAAAGGAGGGAUCAUGGACGACCUGAUUGUGACCAAAACUGACCAGAGUUACUUGUACGUGGUUUCUAAUGCAGGCUGCUCCGACAAGGACUCUGCUCACAUGAAGGCCAAACUGGCGGAAUUCAAAGCUGCCGGUUUUGAUGUUGAUCUUGAGUUUUUAGAGGAUGCUCUGAUAGCUGUUCAAGGUCCAUCCAUGAAGCGAGUUCUCCAAGAAGGACUGAAGGAAGAUUUACAGAAACUGCCCUUCAUGUUCUCAGCGCUGACAGCAGCAUUCGGAGUGCCCUGUAGAAUCACCCGCUGUGGGUACACCGGCGAGGACGGGGUGGAGAUUUCAGUACCCAGCUCGCGUGUGGUGGAACUCACAGAGAAGCUGCUGUCCAACCCAGAGGUGAAACUGGCCGGACUUGGGGCAAGAGACAGUCUGCGGCUGGAGGCAGGACUCUGUCUCUACGGCAACGACAUUGAUGAGACCACCACACCUGUCGAGGCCACACUUGUCUGGACCAUAGGAAAGCGGCGCCGUCAGACCAAAGACUUUCCUGGAGCUGACAUCAUUGUUCCUCAGAUUAAGAACAAAACUGCAAAGAAGAGAGUGGGUCUGGUCUCCUCUGGUCCACCUGUUCGACCACACACACCCAUUCUCAGCACUGACGGCAAAGUUAUUGGUGAGGUGACGAGUGGCUGCCCGUCGCCCUGCCUGAAAAAGAACGUUGCCAUGGGUUACGUGGACUCUGCCUUCUCCAAGAACGGGACCCAGAUCCAAGUGGAGGUGCGAAAGAAGGCGAUACCAGCCACAAUCAGCAAAAUGCCCUUCGUGCCGACAAACUACUACAGUGGUUAA